GUCGCCAGGAGACGUGCGCGUGACGCCGCGGCGCGCAGGCGGUGACGUCACGGGCGGGUCCCGGCGCGGGGCAGCGGGAGCGGCGGCGGCGGAGGCCGCGGCGGGAGCGGUGCCGCCAUGGGGGAGCUGUUCCGCAGCGAGGAGAUGACCCUGGCCCAGCUGUUCCUGCAGUCCGAGGCCGCGUACUGCUGUGUCAGCGAGCUGGGCGAGCUGGGCAAAGUCCAGUUCCGCGACCUGAACCCCGAUGUGAACGUGUUCCACCGAAAAUUCGUCAAUGAGGUCCGGAGGUGUGAGGAGAUGGACCGCAAGCUCCGGUUUGUGGAGAAGGAGAUUAAAAAAGCUAAUAUUCCUAUCAUGGACACUGGCGAAAACCCAGAGGUGCCUUUUCCACGUGACAUGAUUGACCUGGAGGCAAACUUUGAGAAAAUUGAAAACGAGCUUAAAGAAAUCAACACCAACCAGGAGGCUCUGAAGAAAAACUUCUUGGAGCUGACAGAAUUAAAAUUUAUACUGCGUAAAACUCAGCAGUUUUUUGAUGAGGCUGAAUUGCAUCAUCAGCAGAUGGCGGAUCCAGACCUGUUGGAAGAAUCCUCUUCACUGCUGGAGCCGAGUGAGAUGGGAAGAGGUGCCCCACUCCGACUUGGGUUCGUGGCUGGCGUGAUCAACCGCGAGCGCAUCCCCACGUUCGAGCGCAUGCUGUGGCGCGUGUGCCGCGGGAACGUCUUCCUGCGCCAGGCCGAGAUCGAGAACCCGCUGGAGGAUCCCGCCACGGGGGAUUAUGUGCACAAGUCUGUGUUUAUCAUCUUCUUCCAAGGUGACCAGCUGAAGAACAGAGUCAAGAAGAUCUGUGAAGGGUUCCGGGCCUCCCUCUAUCCAUGCCCAGAAACACCCCAGGAGCGGAAGGAAAUGGCUUCUGGUGUCAAUACCAGAAUUGAUGAUCUUCAGAUGGUGCUGAACCAAACAGAGGAUCAUCGCCAGAGGGUUUUGCAGGCAGCUGCUAAAAACAUCCGUGUCUGGUUCAUCAAAGUGCGGAAGAUGAAGGCGAUUUACCACACCCUGAACCUGUGCAACAUCGACGUGACACAGAAGUGCUUGAUUGCUGAAGUCUGGUGUCCUGUUGCUGACCUCGAUUCCAUCCAGUUUGCUCUCAGGAGGGGCACUGAGCACAGCGGAUCCACCGUCCCAUCUAUUUUAAACAGGAUGCAAACUAACCAGACCCCACCCACCUACAACAAAACAAAUAAGUUUACUUCUGGCUUUCAAAACAUUGUUGAUGCUUACGGCAUUGGGACAUAUCGGGAAAUAAAUCCAGCACCCUAUACCAUCAUCACCUUCCCAUUCCUGUUUGCUGUGAUGUUUGGGGAUUUUGGCCACGGAAUCCUGAUGACUCUGAUUGCUGUCUGGAUGGUGGUGAGGGAAAGCCGGAUUCUGUCCCAGAAGAGUGACAAUGAGAUGUUCAACAUGGUGUUCAGUGGUCGGUACAUCAUCCUGCUGAUGGGGCUGUUCUCCACAUACACAGGCCUCAUCUACAACGACUGCUUCUCCAAGUCCCUCAACAUGUUCGGUUCCUCGUGGAGCGUCCGGCCAAUGUUCACUAAAGGCAACUGGUCAGAUGCCUUGCUGGAGACCACCCCCCUGCUGCAGCUGGAUCCUGCUAUCCAGGGAGUGUUUGGUGGGCCCUACCCCUUUGGCAUUGACCCGAUCUGGAAUAUUGCCAGCAAUAAGCUGGCCUUCCUCAAUUCCUUUAAGAUGAAGAUGUCUGUGAUUCUUGGCAUUUUCCAGAUGCUCUUUGGUGUCGCGUUGAGUCUCCUCAACCACAUCUAUUUUAAGAAGCCACUGAACAUAUACCUUGGAUUUAUCCCAGAAAUGAUUUUCAUGUCCUCCCUCUUUGGAUACCUUGUUAUUCUCAUCUUUUACAAGUGGACAGCCUAUGAUGCUCACACAUCGAAGGAAGCACCGAGCCUCUUAAUACACUUUAUCAACAUGUUUCUGUUCUCCUAUGAGGAUACCAGUAAUAAGAUGCUUUAUAGUGGGCAGAAGGGGCUCCAGUGCUUCCUCGUGGUCGUGGCAUUGCUGUGUGUGCCGUGGAUGCUGGUAGCCAAACCCCUGGUCCUUCGCCAGCAGUAUUUAAGGAGAAAACACUUGGAAGGGCAGCCCGAGGAGGCCCAGGGCAGCACGAACGCGCAGGCGCUCGAGGCAGCAGCGGCUGCAACAGGCACGCACAACUUUGGUGGGAUCCGGGUGGGCAAUGGCCCAACGGAGGAGGAUGCUGAGAUCAUUCAACAUGACCAGUUAUCUACCCAUUCUGAGGAGGGGGAAGAGCCUACAGAGGACGAGGUGUUCGACUUCGGUGACACCGUGGUGUACCAGGCCAUCCACACCAUCGAGUACUGCCUGGGCUGCAUCUCCAACACCGCGUCCUACCUGCGGCUCUGGGCCCUCAGCCUGGCCCACGCACAGCUCUCGGAGGUGCUCUGGACCAUGGUGAUCCACAUUGGCCUCAGCGUGAGGAGCCUGGGAGGAGGCCUUGGCCUCUUCUUCAUCUUUGCUGCUUUUGCCACCCUGACAGUGGCCAUUCUGCUGGUCAUGGAGGGGCUCUCAGCUUUCCUCCACGCUCUGCGUUUGCACUGGAUCGAGUUCCAGAACAAGUUCUACACUGGUACUGGGUUCAAGUUUCUCCCUUUCUCCUUUGACACCAUCCGUGAGGGGAGGUUUGAUGACUGAGCCCCCCUCCCCACACUCCAGCAGUGUUAAACACCGUGUGUGUGUGUGUGUGUGACUGACCCUCCCCUCCUUGUAUGUCUGAGUCGUGUGUAACCCCCCCCAUAGUGACAGUAACUUAUUGCAGCACUCUUGAGCGUUACCAUGGCAUCCCAAAGCCACGAGCUUUGAUGUUCUGGGGUAACGGGUGACACUGGAUCACAGAAACCUUUUUGUUCCUUAUGUUUACUCUCGAAGAUACCAAGUGCAUGAUGUGUCUGUUUGGUGUGCAGUUGUGUGCUCCCUGUGUUGUGCAUUCCCUGGCAGCUGAUCAGGGCAGAAGAGAAAUGUAGCUGUGCUGAGGGGGCAAACCAGUACAUGGAGAAAAGACCUAAGAACCCCAGCUCCAGAAGAACGAGGGCUGCUCCCCCUCAUGUUGCUGGAGGCUGUGGUGGGGAGGGGGCUCAGGCCUGGCUGUGGCCUGGGGCUGGAUGGGGAGGGAUGAACUGUGGUGUUGACUGUCAUCUCUCACCGCAGGUACUGCCACUGGCAGUGGAACUUCUGGGGUUUCUGAUUUAAAGCCAAAGGUUGCAAAGCCCUUGAGGCACGUUGGGUAGUGCCUGUAUGGACUUGGCAUUGGCGGAGGCAGCUUUUGCACAGGUGGAGGGACCAGUGGCUUACGCUGUCCUGUGCACUCCAGGUCUGAGGAGCACUUUAAGGGGGAGCAGAGGCCCAGGGAGGUCUCAGUGGUGUGUCCCUGCAGUACCUGUUGCUUUCUCUCCUGCCUGAGCUGUCAGUAAUUCCUUGCCCUCCUCAACUCGAUGUAGCUGUAGCAGCAGUGGGGUGUUAGUGCUGUGUGCAACCAUCGUGUUUAAUUCUCACAGUGGAGCUGAAUAUUUGUAUAUGAACAGAUUAGAACAAAAAUGAGAAUCAUUAACCUGGAAGUGAGGAGGAUAUGCCUCAAGGUACUGGGCUGCCUAAAAUUAGGUGAGAAAGGUACAUGUGCACUGCAUGCUGCAACGUGUGCAGGGCACAGGGACCUUCAUGCUGCACCUGGGCAGCCCCUGGGUGCUCACUGGGGUGUGUUUACAGACCUGUUUGCAGACUGAAGGGUGAAAUCAAAGUGGAGCUGCAGGUGGAGCACUGACACAAGACCUGGUGUGUACUGCUGUCUGGAUGAAAUGCUUGACAGUUGCUGACAGUCACUGUAUAAAUUAAAUGAACUGCACAACAA